AUGAAUCAACCCAUCAAAGGGGUACAGGAUCAAACCCUUUUGGGGAGAGUCCAGCAUAGCCAAUUGAGGAAUAAGUCUCUUUUUAAUCCUCAGGUUCACAAUAAUGAACACGUCGAAAUUUUCAAUAAGUUGGUACUUAGAGACCUGGAGAAACUUAAAACUAAAAAAGUUCCUGAUUCCAAAAGUAUACAUAAAGGAAUCAAGGAACUUGAGGAAAAUAAACAGGUCAUUAUUAGACCUGCGGACAAAGGAGGAGCUAUAGUGGUACUUUCAAAAGAAUAUUAUUAUGAAGAAUUGGAAGGUCAACUAGAAGAUUCAAACACGUAUAUUAAACUUAGGGGAAACCCUACCUGUGAAUACAAGGAUGAGUUAAUCGAUCUGAUACAAAGAGGAAGGGACAAAGGAGUACUACAUAAAAGAGAACAAAAGUACCUUGUCCCAGAUAACUGUAGGGUUCACAAUAAUGAACACGUCGAAGUUUUCAAUAAGUUGGUACUUAGAGACCUGGAGAAACUUAAAACUAAAAAAGUUCCUGAUUCCAAAAGUAUACAUAAAGGAAUCAAGGAACUUGAGGAAAAUAAACAGGUCAUUAUUAGACCUGCGGACAAAGGAGGAGCUAUAGUGGUACUUUCAAAAGAAUAUUAUUAUGAAGAAUUGGAAGGUCAACUAGAAGAUUCAAACACGUAUAUUAAACUUAGGGGAAACCCUACCUGUGAAUACAAGGAUGAGUUAAUCGAUCUGAUACAAAGAGGAAGGGACAAAGGAGUACUACAUAAAAGAGAACAAAAGUACCUUGUCCCAGAUAACUGUAGGAGGAGAGAAGAGGAGAGAAGAGGAGAGAAGAGUAAGAGGAGAGAAGAGGAAGAGGAGAGAAGAGGAGAGGAGAGGAGAGAAGAGGAAGAGGAGAGAAGAGGAAGAGGAGAGGAAGAGGAGAGAAGAGGAAGAGGAGAGAAGAGGAAGAGGAGAGAAGAGGAAGAGGAGAGAAGAGGAGAGAAGAGGAGAGAAGAGGAAGAGGAGAGAAGAGGAGAGAAGAGGAAGAGAAGAGGAAGAGGAGAGAAGAGGAAGAGGAGAGAAGAGGAAGAGGAGAGAAGAGGAAGAGGAGAGAAGAGGAAGAGGAGAGAAGAGGAAGAGGAGAGAAGAGGAAGAGGAGAGAAGAGGAAGAGGAGAGAAGAGGAGAGAAGAGGAGAGAAGAGGAAGAGGAGAGAAGAGGAAGAGGAGAGAAGAGGAAGAGGAGAGAAGAGGAAGAGGAGAGAAGAGGAAGAGAGAGAAGAGGAAGAGGAGAGAAGAGGAAGAGGAGAGAAGAGGAAGAGGAAGAGGAGAGAAGAGGAAGAGGAGAGAAGAGGAGAGGAAGAGAAGAGGAAGAGGAGAGAAGAGGAAGAGGAGAGGAGAGAGAAGAGGAAGAGGAGAGAGAAGAGGAAGAGGAGAGAAGAGGAAGAGGAGAGAAGAGGAAGAGGAGAGAAGAGGAAGAGGAGAGAAGAGGAAGAGGAGAGAGGAGAGAAGAGGAAGAGGAGAGAAGAGGAAGAGGAGAGAAGAGGAAGAGGAGAGAAGAGGAAGAGGAGAGAAGAGGAAGAGGAGAGAGGAGAGAAGAGGAAGAGGAGAGAAGAGGAGAGAAGAGGAGAGAAGAGGAAGAGGAGAGAAGAGGAAGAGGAGAGAAGAGGAGAGAAGAGGAAGAGGAGAGAAGAGGAGAGAAGAGGAAGAGGAGAGAAGAGGAGAGAAGAGGAAGAGGAGAGAAGAGGAAGAGGAGAGAAGAGGAGAGAAGAGGAAGAGGAGAGAAGAGGAGAGAAGAGGAAGAGGAGAGAAGAGGAAGAGGAGAGAAGAGGAAGAGGAGAGAAGAGGAAGAGGAGAGGAGAGAAGAGGAAGAGGAGAGAAGAGGAGAGAAGAGGAAGAGGAGAGAAGAGGAAGAGGAAUAGGAAGAGGAGAGAAGAGGAAGAGGAGAGAAGAGAAGAGAAGAGAAGAGAAGAGAAGAGGAAGAGGAGAGAAGAGGAGAGAAGAGGAAGAGGAAGAGGAGAGAAGAGGAAGAGGAGAGAAGAGAAGAGGAAGAGGAGAGAAGAGAAGAGGAAGAGAAGAGGAAGAGGAGAGGAAGAGAAGAGGAGAGAAGAGGAGAGAAGAGGAGAGAAGAGGAGAGGAAGAGAAGAGGAAGAGAAGAGGAAGAGGAGAGAA